GCGCGAGCGGGUGAGACUGCAUGAUAGUUCUAGUGGCAUUUUGGUAUCCAGCCCUUCACACAUUCUUUUCAUUACCGCCAGGGGCGCCCAUUUCCGUCCCAUAGUUAUCUUGUUGCCCUCGAUUUCAAGAGCAAAGACUGAACAAAAGAAAAGAAAAGAAAAGAAAAGAAAAGAAAAGAAAAGAAAAGGGAUACACACAAACACUCUCACUCUCACAUCCACCCCAAAUCAGCCAUGACAGCUUCACCAAAGACCCCUUCAACCUUGGAAGAAGGGAUUGCAGUCUAUACUCCCUUUCUUCUCCGCUACUUCUACGAUUUCUGGGUCCUCUGGGUUUCCAAUAACUUUGCAUGGAAAUGCCCAACCUCAACCGUCCAACUCCCAUUAUUCAAUGCCGCCAUGGGCCAGAGUCACCUAGAUAUUGGCGUCGGCACAGGUUACUAUCCAGCAAAGAGCCUAAAAGCCGGUGCCAAAUGCAAUGAGAUUACCCUCCUGGACCUCAGUCCCAACUCGCUCCAGGCUGCCGAGCAGCGUAUCCUGGAAACGGUAGGCCGCGAGGCGGUCCGCGUGAAUACCGUCGUGGCCUCGGCCCUGGAGCCACUGCCCUUCGACAAGUCCAAGAAGUUCAACUCGAUUAGUGUCUUCUUCCUGUUGCAUUGCAUUCCGGGUACACCUGAAGAAAAGUGCAAGCUUUUCGAUGUGGUGCGGCCGCAUCUGGCGGAGGACGGCGUUUUUGUGGGGACGACAGUCCUUGGUCAGGGUGUACCAAUCAACUGGCUGGGACAGAAGAUGAUGAACAGCUAUAAUAACAACACAAAGUCGUUCCAUAACUCGGAGGACAACAAGGCUCAGUUUGAUGAGGGACUUCGUCGGAACUUUGAAGAGGUGGAGUCGUGGGUUAUGGGUCAGGUCAUGCUCUUUAAGGCGAGGAAGCCAAGACAACAGGGUGAUGUUACCAAUGUAGUUCCGAAAGGGGACUUGGAUUGAUGGGGAUCAUCAUGAAGCUGUUCGAGUUAGUUAGUCUCUUGAAUAACUAAAGAAGAAGGGAAGGGCG